AUGAUAAAAAAAAAAAUUAAAAUUAAUAAAAUAUUAAUAGCACAUUUAUAUAUAAAUUGUGCUUUAAAAAAUACUAUAUUAAGCUUAACUAAUGAAAAAGGUCAAUUAUAUAAACAAUGGUCUAGUAAAUCUUUAAAAAAAACAUCAAAUUUAAAAAAAAAUUCUCCAUAUAAUAUACAUUUUAUUAGUUAUAAAGCUAAAAAAUUCCUUAUUUCUAAAAAGAUAUAUUGUUUAAAAAUUUUUAUUAAAGGUAGAGGACCUGGUCGAUAUAAUGUAAUUAAAAAUUUAAUUUCUAAAAAAAUUAAAAUAAUUUUUAUUCAAGAUAAGACUAAUUUACCUUUUAAUGGUUGUCGUUCUCCAAAACAAAAAAGACGUUAA